CUUCCCAGCUUACCAGAGAAGAUCAAGAUGAGUCUACGGAAGCAAACCCCUAGUGACUUUCUAAAACAAAUCAUUGGAAGGCCGGUUGUCGUAAAAUUAAAUUCUGGAGUUGAUUAUCGAGGUGUCCUGGCUUGCCUGGAUGGGUAUAUGAAUAUAGCUCUGGAACAGACUGAAGAAUAUGUAAAUGGACAAUUAAAGAACAAGUAUGGGGACGCAUUUAUCCGAGGAAAUAAUGUAUUGUACAUAAGCACACAGAAGAGGAGGAUGUGAAGAUGCCAGGAGGAGGCUGUUUUGUACUUGUGAAUCUCUCUGAAGUGAUGAGCCCUAUUUGAUUUGUAGUUAAUAAU